GCAGCUGAGCUUGAAUCUUUUUGCAAAAUAAGCCCUUUUCCCCAAGGGACUACAUUUCCCAGAAUGCGACGAGUGAAGUGGCAGCACCGCUGUGGGAAGGGACUACAUUUCCCAGAAAGCCCAGAGUGAAGUGGCAGCAUCGCUGUGGAAAGGGACUACACGUCCCAGAAUGCCCAGCGUGGAGUGGCAGCAUCACCAUCCAAUAAGAACGUAGGGAAGAGGGGCUCCUGCGGAUGACGCAUUACGAGAGGGCGGUACUUCCGGCGCCUCGCUAGGCGGCCACGUUAGUUGCUCUGGGAUUUGUAGGACUUUCCCGAGCGCUCAGUCCGGGUCCGAAGGUGGCGGGAGCCGUUCUCCCCGCCGCACAGUCGCGGGUGUGAGGUUCGGCGACCCCGCGAGGGACCCGCUUCAGGGCGGGAGGGAGCCGCCUCCUCGCCCGCCGCCCCGCCCGCUCCGCCCGCAGGUUCCAAUGGCGGCGGCCGCGCCCGGGCGCCCGGCUGAGGGCAGGGUGACCUUUGAGGACGUGGCCCUGUACUUCUCCUCAGAGGAAUGGGAGCUCCUGGAUGAGGCUCAGAGACGCCUGUACCACGAUGUGAUGCUGGAGAACUUGACACUGAUAACCUCCCUGGGUUGUUGGCAUGGAGCCCAGAAUGAGGAGGCCCCGUCUGAGCUCAGCAGUUCUUUACAAGGAGUGUCAGAGGUCAGGACUCCCAAGGCAGGUGUGUCUCCCCUGAAGGCCCAUCCUUGUGAGCUGUGUGGUGUGGACGUGGGAGACAUUUUGCACUUCACUGGGCACCCGGGAACACAUCAUGGGAAGAAACUAUACAAGAUGGGGGCAUGUGAGAAACAGUUGGAUGUUAGCACAGAACUUGAGCAUCAGAAGCAGCACAUAGGAGAGAUGUGUUUCAGAGACCACAUGGACAGAGCCUCAUUUAUAAAGGACUGCAAAUUCUGUGUGUCAGGGAAGCCCGGUUCCUGUGAAGAGGUUUUGACGGACUUCCUGGCCAGCUCAGGAUUUCUCCAGCAUCAGGCAACACACACCAGGGAGAAGUCAAACAGGGAAACUGAGUGUGCCAUAGACUCUCACAAGGGAAACACUCUGUCUGACUCAGAAUACAUGAAAGAUUUUAAUUGCAAAUGCAUGCUUGUUCAAGACCAGAGAGUCCUCACCCGGGAAAGAUGCCACGUGAGCAAUGAAUGUGGAAAAUCUUAUGGCAAAAGCUAUAGUCUCGUUGACCAUUGGAGAACUCACACUGGGGAAAAGCCUUAUGAGUGUGGGGAAUGUGGGAAGUCCUUUAGGCAAAGCUCUAGCCUCAUUCAACACCGGAGAGUUCACCCUGGAGUGCGGCCUCACAAUUGUGAGUUAUGUGGAAAAUUGUUUAGCAAAAAGUCCAACCUCAUUAAACAUCGAAGAAUCCACACUGGAGAAAAGCCUUAUGAGUGUGGGGAAUGUGGGAAGUCCUUUAGCCAAAGCUCUGCACUCCUUCAACACCAGAGUGUUCACACAGGAGAGAGGCCUUAUCUGUGCAAUGAAUGUGGGAAGUUCUUUACCUACCACUCCAAUCUCAUAAAACACCAGAAAGUUCACUCUGGAUCCAGACCUUACUCCUGCAGCGAAUGUGGGAAAUGUUUUAGCCAAAGCUCUGUGCUUCUUGAGCAUCAGAGAAUUCACACUGGAGAAAGGCCUUAUGAGUGCAGUGAAUGUGGGAAAUUCUUCACUCACAAAUCUAGUUUCUUAAAACACCAGAGAGUUCACACCGGGGAAAGGCCGUAUGAGUGCAGUGAAUGUGGGAAAUUCUUUACUUGCAGCUCUAGUCUCAUCAAACACAUAAGAAUUCACACUGGAGAAAGGCCUUAUGAGUGUAGCCAAUGUGGGAAAUCUUUUAAACAAAGCUUUGUACUUACUCAGCAUCGGAGAAUUCACACUGGAGAAAGGCCUUACGAGUGCAGUGAAUGUGGGAAAUUCUUUACUUACAGCAUUAGUCUCUUAAAACACCAGAUUUCACACCAGAGAAAGGCCUUAUGAGUGUAGUGAAUGUGAGAAAUCUUUGAGGCAUUGUUUAAGCCUCAUUAAACAUCAAAGAUUUUCCCUAGCUGCUU